AUGACGAAGGCACAAAAGAUACGGUACAUCCGUCUAAAUCAAGUGUUCAAUAAAGCCUUAAAUCAAUCCAUCUCCAACUUAAGUAAAUGGGAUAAGAUAAGUUCAUGCUUCCCGGAAUAUGCAAGCCACCAAGAAGGUGCUACCAAUCUAAUGAAUUGUCAAACACAAGUUAUUGAGUUUUGGAAAGAACUUUGUAAAAGAGAGUUUGAAGAAAUUGUUAAAGAACGAAAUGUCAAAGCAAAACUGGAUGAACUGGAUGAUUUGAUCUUGGAAUCUCAGGAAAGAUUAAAUGAAUUAAACCAUGAGAAGGGGAAGAACGAAGUCAAUGUGAAUGAUGAACUGAAUAUAAAUAUAGAUGAUCUCACUCCUGAACAGCUUAUAAAUUGUAAUUUGUUCAGUCAAAGGAAACAAGCUACCAAGGAUUUGAAUGAGCGACUGGCAAGGCUGAAUGAUAUAAAUAAUAACUUAGCAAAUGAGUUAACUGAUCUCCAAAAUUCAAUUGGAAAAGAAUAUGAUGAAAUAAGGGUCCUCUAUGAUGAACAUUUAGGGAAACCAGCCAAUCAAACUCCUGAUGCAACGUUAGUUCAAGGUUUAAAUGAUAUGCUAGUGGAGCUACAAGAGAGCUAG